UCUAGGCAUAGCAGUUAUAAAACAAUUGAAUGCGCACAUAACCUCGUGACUCGUGUUGUCUUGCACGCACGUGUUUUAGAAGAUCAACAAAUUUAAACCAAAUUAAAAUGUAUUUGAUGUAUUACUUGGACGAAAGCGGCAAUCGCUGUUACACGUUGAAGAAAAAUGGGCCUGAUGGAAAGCCAACAUUAUCUGCUCAUCCUGCACGUUUCUCACCUGAAGAUAAGUACUCGCGGGAGCGAAUAACCAUCAAGAAACGUUUCGGCAUUCUAAUGACUCAAAAACCCGAAGUUGUUUAUUAGAACCAUGUAUUAUAUUGCUUAUUUUAUAAGAAUUAAACUUAAAUUCCCUUUUACACAUUCUCAAUCUAGAAUAUAUGUUUGUAAUUCAACUUAAUGUUCAAAUUGAAGGUAAUAAUAAAUGCGUUGAUAUAA